CGGAGGAGGGGAGCCGCGUGCAGCGGGCGCCUAGGUCCCUUUGCGGAACGCUGCGGCGCGGCGCGCAUCAGCCCUGCCGCUCCCUGCUCCCGCCGCCAUGGCGCGGCCCCGCAGCUGACGGCGGGCUCCCGGCCCCUCUCCUCUCUCUCCGGCCCCUCUCCUCCUCCUCCUCCUCCUCCUCCCCCCCCUCCCCCCCGGGCCCCGGCUCGGGCUCGGGCUCGUAGGCGGCCGCUCUCGGCGGCGCCGGCUUCCCCAGCCCCGUCCCCUUCAGGCUUCAGCAGUCGGGCCGGGCGGCUCCCGGCCGCGCCAUGAGCAUCGUCAUCGGCAUCGGCGGGGUCACCAAUGGCGGCAAGACCACGCUCACCCGCAAGCUGAUGCAGGCCCUGCCCAACUGCAGCGUGGUGCACCAGGAUGACUUCUUCAAGGUGAGGCGGUGCUCGGCUGCCCGCUGCGGGGCGCGGAAGGCGGCUCGCCCCGCUUCGGGCUCGGCGGUGCGGCUGGAGGAGGAGGAGGAGCCUCAAGAUGAAAUAGAAGUUGAAGAUGGGUUUAAACAGUAUGAUGUGAUUAGUGCAUUAGAUAUGGAGGCUAUGAUGAAUACCAUCAACGCUUGGGUAAAAAACCCAGUCAAGUUCGAACGUUCUCAUGGGAUCAACAACACGCUGGAUGCCCAAAUCUCACCAGACAGGGAGGGAGGAGAUAAAACAAUCCACAUUCUUAUUGUUGAAGGCUUCCUACUUUACACCUACAGGCCACUGAUUGAUAUUUUCCACCAUCGGUACUUUCUUUCCAUUCCAUAUGAAGAGUGUAAAAGGAGAAGAAGUUCAAGGAAUUAUACUGUACCAGAUCCACCUGGAUUGUUUGAUGGCCAUGUUUGGCCUAUGUAUGUAAAGCACAGGAAGAUAAUGGAAGAUCUUGGUGUUGAUGUGGUGCACUUGAAUGGAACAAAAUCAAGGGAGGAGCUGUUCAAUGAGGUGUAUGGGCAGAUCCAAAAUAAGAUUGAAGAAUUACUUAAUAUGCAGAAAUAAGUUGCUGAUUCUUGGGACUGAAGAUGAUUCCUGUUUGCUCUGAGCUGUCUACCUGACUGCCGCUAAAGUUCCAGCUUCUGUGAAGACUCAAUUAUUGGAUCUGACUUUGUUCAAUUUCCCCUGAAACUGAGCUAUAUCUGGUCAUAAUAAAAAAAAAAGUAUUUCCCCCUCA